AUGAAGGAUCUUGAAGUUGAUUUUGUGUUAGUACGAGGCCCUCACAAAGUAAACCGCCGUUUUCAUUUAAUUGUGCCAAGGGACAGUACACCCGUCAUUAUAGGUCGCGGUCUGCACUGCGCCGCAGUUUUAGACCCUUGGUUAGUGUUUGCUUCCCAAGUCCAGUGUAGUUUGUUCUGCGUCUCUCCUGCACUACCAAUUGAAGUAUAUAAGGACGAUGACCAAGAGAAGACAUUGGGCAUUUCAUCCGCAGUUUCAUUUGCCACACUUGGGCCAACGUUGCCGUUACCGUGUCUCUACAUUUUGGACAUGUGCAGUAGUAAUGGUACUUUUGUUAACAACAUUCGUAUAGGGGGGAUCGAGCCUGUCCUCCUCAAUGACGGCGAUUCGUGCAUAUUUGGAGGUAUGCGGGAUGUCGGCGUCGGCGAAGCGUUACCCCUGGAUGCCUUUGAUGGUCCUGAGCUAUGCAUUUGGAGGGUGAAUAUCCUCAACGGGAAGGACGUUGCCAUAGAGCAUGACUACCAGCCUACUCCAGCACUGUUUCCGACCCCUGAUCGCCUUGAGUGGGAGGAAAAGGCGUUUCUGGGAACUGUCUUACGGACGUUCCACGAGAAGCAUGCAAUCACGACUAAAAAUGAUCUUAUGACUCCUGGACAGGUCUUGGCAUGCCCAUCAACUAGCGUUGCGAUUACACCGCCUACUGCUGUAUCCCAAAGACUAUUUAUUACCCCCGACACUCAGCUUCAGCCACAGAGCCGCCAAACGGAUCGCUUUGUUUUUGUUAAAGAAGAUGACAACGAGAUGAGAGAGAACAGGUCCUACUCAUGCAAGAGUUCUGUGGAAGCUGCUCUGGAAUUUGAUGAACACAUGGAAAGGCAGCCUGGUAGCCAUGAUGAGAAAGACAAAGUGCUUGUCCAAAACGAAGCAGCGCCUGCAUCGAACACACCGUCACGUCUGUCGAAGGCAGGCGCAGAACCGAUAGUGGAAGAUACUUGCCAAGACUCCAGUGAAGGAAGCUUGCGGCGGUCUAGAACGGUGGCUGCUCGACUUACAACUGAGUUCAAUACCUGCAAAGAUUUAAACAUAUCGUCUGACGAAUCUUUGACCAACAGUUGCAACGCUGGUCUUCCUGUCACAACAACUCCUCGUAGCCUUUUCUCAGCUCCAAUGAUUUGUCCAGAUGUCCCUCGGCCAGCUAUUGCAUAUCUACGUGCCGUUCGUUUAGGUCAUCACACUUUCCACGUGCAAGAGGAAAGCAUUUUAACUGCUACCACUUCCGAAAGAAUAGACAAUAUGCCAACGUUAGAUGACAGUAACAAAUUAAAAAAUUUCAACUAUUCCUGCAGUACAAAUGAUCUAGAAAGGUAUGACACCCAGGCAGGAACAAGGUGGGCUAAGCAAUCUUCCAUCCGUCUCAGCGAUGAUACACCUGUCAAGAAGAUCAAAAAGAAAAGACUUGAUCGUAGUGACUUCAGCGAGGUUGCGGUAUCGGGAUGGCGGCCACCUCUUUUCUCGUCACCGUCGCCUUUUACCAUGGAAUUCACGGAGACACAUUGGAAGUGGUGCAUGGAUAAUCCAAACGACUUUUGUGAGCCCGGUAGAAAUGUCGAAAUUCGUGCUAAUGAUUCUUCCAGCGUAUUUCGAUGCAUUCUUCCGGUGAGUUCGAUAGGUGCUAUUUUUGCCUGCAAAGAGCGCGUAGGAAUUGCUAUUAAGUUGAAGGAGGGUUGCCAAGUCCCAUUAGUCCGCCCGGAGAUACUUAGCGGCGGUCCAGAGUACCGCUGGAUCGUGUGGACGUUACAACGCUUUGUAAUGCCUAGCAACAAUCGAGGAACUACAGAAGCCACUAAAGGGAAAAACAUCGAAGGUCAUAAGUCAAAAAAAUGCAAAAAGGGGAAAUGUCUGCCAACAACAAAUGGGGUACUUUCGUCUUUAGUCGAAUUUGAUAAAGAGGGUAUCAAGGAUGUCGAUUUUAAAACGUGGUUAGAGCAAUUGGAAGCUUUCUAUAGCCCUUAUAAAGUUCCACAGAUUCAUAUGGUGGAUAUGGCAACCUUUGAUAAUUUUUUUGCGCCCCAGAUGCAUUAA